UGUGUGCGCCUGGCCACUCCGGGCGGGUCGCAGCUGCUACUCCAGGCUGACACCCCGCCGGAGAUGCUGGCUUGGCUCUCUACUCUGCAGAAUAACUGUGCCAUACAGGAAGGAGAGGCAUGCAGCAAAACCCCCAUGAACAAUAACAACGUAUCGCCGCAGACCAGCAACAAGGCAAUGCGGAAACUGACCUCGUCACUGCGAACGCGCUCGCCCACCGGGCAGUCGCCGUCGACCAAGACCCGAAAGCCUAGCAGCGUCGAGAGCAAUUCUUCGCCUAAGUCUAAAACUUGGAGAGGCAAUCUUGUAAGACCCUUCAUGAAAAAGAUCCAGGGUGGCUCCCCUGCUAUCACCCCCACCACCCCCCAACCAGAGGGUGCAACAAUAGGUGUAUGCUUAGAGGAUUGCCCACAAUCUGAUGAAAAUGAAUUUGUUCCACUAUUGGUGGCCCUCUGUGUCAGUGUUGUGGAGACCAGAGGUUUACAAACUCAGGGCAUCUAUCGUAUCCCAGGAAAUAAAGCAGCAGUAACACAUUUAACUGAGAUGAUCAACAAGGGACCCAAAGCUUUUGAUUCUAGUGACCCAAGAUGGUCUGAUGUGAAUGUGAUCUCCAGUAUGUUAAAGCAGUUUUUCCAGAAGUUACCAGACCCGCUUUUUACCUGUGAUCUUUAUCCACUAUUCAUUGAAGCCAGUAAAAUAGAGGAUCCAAAUCAGAGGUUAAUGGAGCUCAGGAGAUUGGUACAAGAAUUACCUGACCAUCACUAUGAGACACUAAGAUUCCUUAUGCUUCACUUAAGUCAUAUUGUUAGCAACAGUGAUUCUAACAAAAUGGAUGUCCGGAAUUUGGCCAUUGUAUUUGGACCAACACUAGUUCGCUCAGGGGACGAUAACAUGAUCACCAUGGUUACAGACAUGUCACAUCAAUGCAAAAUUGUUGAGACAUUGAUAGGCCAAGCAGCUUGGUUUUUUAAUGAAGAUGAUGGAGAAGAAGUAAUUCCACCAUCUCUAAGCCCAUCUGUUUUACAAAGUUCUGCAAGUGAUUCAUUAUCACCUACCCUGGAACCUGAAACACCAUCUAGCCAAGCACUACUACUUCACAACAUUCAGAAAGUUGAAGGUGCAAAGGGAGACUUAAAGAAGGAUAUUGUUUCUUCCAUCAUUUCAGCAGCAAAUAGGAAAGUUCACAAAGUGAAAUACAGAAAGCCAGUUGAUGACAAGCCAGUAGAUGAUAUUAAAUAUAGUGAUAAGGAAGGAGGUUUUGAAGAAAGAGAUAUUGAUAAGGAAGCAGAAUUAAGAAAGCAAAGAUUAUUAGCUAAACAGAUUGAAAGUAUGGUUGAACUGCCAGAUCCAAAACCAAUGAGUGAACGUAAGAUCUCAAAUAUGAGCUUAAUGAGUGUUCAUGGUCAUCCUUCUAGUAUGUCUAGUUUAACACAGAGUAGCGAAAGGACUAGUGCCAGUGAACAGGGAAAGCACAGUUUACCUGAACAGGAUGGCCGUCUGUUUUGUGUUAUCAAGAAAGAUGCGCUAUCUUCUAGCACACCACCACCCCCCUGGUAG